UUCCGGCUGAAUGUCAGUGCGGGACUGUGGGCCGGGGAGGAAGGUGGUUGGCGGUGUCUCCACCACCCGCGCCGCUGCCUCCUCCGCUUGUGCCGCCGCCACGGGCGCCCGGCCGGUCGGCCGCUCGGGCAUGAGACCGUGAGGCGAGCAAUUGGCCGGGACCGCCGAGAUGUUUGGCCGCUCGCGGAGCUGGGUGGGCGGGGGCCAUGGCAAGUCUUCGCGCAACAUCCACUCCCUGGACCACCUCAAGUAUCUGUACCACGUGUUGACCAAAAACACCACCGUCACAGAACAGAACAGGAACCUGCUGGUGGAGACCAUCCGAUCCAUCACCGAGAUCCUGAUCUGGGGGGAUCAGAAUGACAGCUCUGUAUUUGACUUCUUCCUGGAGAAGAACAUGUUCGUUUUCUUCCUGAACAUCCUGCGCCAGAAGUCGGGCCGCUACGUGUGCGUGCAGCUGCUGCAGACCCUGAACAUCCUCUUCGAGAACAUCAGUCACGAGACCUCGCUCUAUUAUUUGCUCUCUAAUAACUAUGUAAAUUCUAUCAUUGUCCACAAGUUCGACUUUUCUGAUGAGGAGAUUAUGGCAUAUUACAUAUCAUUCCUGAAAACACUUUCGUUAAAACUCAACAACCACACGGUCCAUUUCUUUUACAAUGAGCACACUAAUGACUUCGCCCUGUACACAGAAGCCAUCAAAUUUUUCAACCACCCUGAAAGCAUGGUCAGAAUUGCUGUAAGAACCAUAACCUUAAACGUCUACAAAGUGGAUAACCAGGCCAUGCUGCACUAUAUCAGAGACAAAACCGCUGUCCCUUACUUCUCCAAUUUGGUCUGGUUCAUUGGGAGCCACGUGAUCGAGCUUGAUAACUGUGUACAAACAGAUGAAGAGCACCGGAAUCGGGGGAAGCUCAGUGACCUGGUGGCUGAGCACCUGGACCACCUGCACUAUCUCAACGACAUCCUCAUCAUCAACUGCGAGUUCCUCAACGACGUGCUCACGGACCACCUGCUCAACAGGCUCUUCCUGCCGCUCUACGUGUACUCACUGGAGAACCAGGACGAGGGAGGAGAACGACCGAAGAUCAGCCUGCCGGUUUCUCUCUACCUUCUCUCCCAGGUCUUCCUAAUUAUACAUCACGCACCCCUGGUGAACUCGUUAGCGGAAGUCAUUCUGAACGGCGAUCUGUCCGAGACAUACGCUAAGCCCGAACAGGAUGUUCAGAGAAGCUGUGCCAAGCCGAGCAUUCGGUGUUUCAUUAAACCCACCGAGACGCUAGAGAGGUCCCUUGAGAUGAACAAGCACAAGGGCAAGAGGCGGGUGCAAAAGAGACCCAACUACAAAAAUGUUGGGGAGGAGGAAGACGAGGAGAAAGGGCCUGCCGAGGAUGCCCAGGAAGACGCCGAGAAGGCUAAAGGUACAGAGGGUGGUUCAAAAGGCAUCAAGACGAGUGGGGAGAAUGAAGAGAUAGAGAUGGUGAUCAUGGAGCGCAGCAAACUUCCAGAGCUGGCUGCCAGCACCUCCGUGCAGGAGCAGAACACCACGGAUGAGGAGAAGAGUGCUGCCACCGGCCUGGACAGUGUCCAGUGGAGCAGACCCUUCCUGGAUAUGGUGUACCAUGCCCUGGACAGCCCAGACGACGACUACCAUGCGCUCUUCGUGCUCUGCCUGCUGUAUGCAAUGUCUCACAACAAAGGCAUGGAUCCUGAGAAACUCGAGCGAAUCCAGCUUCCAGUGCCCACUGCGGCUGAGAAAACCACCUACAACCACCUCCUGGCCGAGAGGCUCAUCAGAAUCAUGAACAACGCGGCCCAGCCAGACGGCAAGAUCCGCUUGGCGACGCUGGAGCUGAGCUGCCUGCUCCUCAAGCAGCAAGUCGUGGCCAGCACAGGCUGCAUCAUAAAGGACGUGCACCUGGCCUGCCUGGAGGGAGCCCGAGAAGAGAGCGUCCACCUGGCGCGGCACUUCUAUAAGGGAGAAGAAAUCUUUUUGGACAUGUUUGAAGAUGAGUACAGAAGCAUGACGAUGAAGCCCAUGAACGUGGAAUAUCUCAUGAUGGACGCCUCCAUCCUGCUGCCCCCAACAGGCACACCGCUGACCGGCAUCGACUUCGUGAAGCGACUGCCAUGUGGUGACGUGGAAAAGACCCGGCGGGCCAUCCGGGUGUUCUUCAUGCUCCGUUCCCUGUCCCUGCAACUGCGAGGGGAGCCCGAGACCCAGCUGCCCCUGACGCGGGAGGAAGACCUGAUCAAAACGGAUGACGUCCUCGACCUGAACAACAGCGACCUGAUCGCGUGCACAGUGGUCACCAAGGACGGCGGCAUGCUCCAGCGGUUCCUGGCUGUCGAUAUUUACCAGAUGAGUUUGGUGGAGCCCGACGUGUCCAGGCUGGGCUGGGGAGUGGUCAAGUUCGCAGGCCUUCUACAGGAUAUGCAGGUGACCGGCGUGGAGGAUGACAGCCGCGCCCUGAAUAUCACCAUCCACAAGCCUGCGUCCAGCCCCCACUCCAAGCCCUUCCCCAUCCUGCAAGCCACCUUCAUCUUCUCGGACCACAUCCGCUGCAUCAUCGCCAAGCAGCGCCUGGCCAAGGGCCGCAUCCAGGCGAGACGCAUGAAGAUGCAGAGGAUAGCGGCCCUCCUGGACCUUCCGAUCCAGCCGACGACCGAGGUCUUGGGGUUUGGACUCGGCUCAUCUUCCGCGCAGCACCUGCCCUUCCGCUUCUACGACCAGUGCCGCCGGGGCAGCAGCGACCCGACUGUGCAGCGCUCUGUGUUCGCCUCUGUGGACAGGGUACCAGGCUUCGCCGUGGCCCAGUGCAUAAACCAGCACAGCUCGUCCUCCCUGUCCUCGCCCUCACCGUCGGCCAGCGGGAGCCCCAGCGGCAGCGGGAGCACCAGCCACUGCGACUCUGGAGGCGCCAGCUCAUCAUCCACCCCCUCAGCCGCCCAGAGCCCCGCAGGAGUGGCAGGAAAGGACGCCGGCGAGUGUUCAGCCUGUCGGAGGCCGACAGUCACGGCGGCCACUGGGUUUAGUGCUUCGAUCGGCAGCUGUCACGGCACCUCUGGCUCGGUCACUGAAGAUGACCCCAUGAUCACGGAGCAGCCUCAGCCUAACCUCCCCGACCAGUUGGUGAUCGUCGACGAAACAGAAGCCGAGGCCAGGCCCGGCAAGAGCCUGGCGAGGAGUGCGGAUGUGGAGACCGUCACCCUGUCGCCCAGCCUCAUCCCCACCCAGCAGCCCACCAUCUCCCUGCUCUGCGAGGACGCUGCGGACACGCUGAGCGUGGAGUCGCUGACCCUCGUCCCGCCCGUCGACCGCCACAGCCUCCAUGCCCUCACCGGCAUCCCGCCGCCGCCCCCAGCUGUGGUGGGCACAGAGGCCCCGGGCUCGGGGGCCGGGCGGCCGGAGCCAGCAGACCCCGCUGAGCCCUGAGCCGGCCUCCCUCGGGGUGGACAUGUGUGUGUGUGUGCGCGCGCGUGUGUGGCCCCGCUGGCAGGGACCUGAUACGGCUGAACCCCCAGGAACAUCCACAGUUCUUCCCAGCCCCAGGGAGCACCUCAAACCAUCCUCGCGCUCCUCUGCUCCAGUUCGAAUCCCCCUUUGACUUCACACCUGUUUGAGAGCAGGCUGGGACCAGCGGCAACACCCCAGUGAACCCGGAUCAUCCAAAAGCCACCUCAGGGAGGGGGCUGGGCUCUGGGUCUCAGAGCCCUCGGCCCCCGGGUGUGGGGGUGCAGGCAGCGGCAGGACCCAUCAGCAGCACUCGCUUCAUCAGCCAGCCCCUCCCCUGUCUCGGAGGUCCUCUGCCACCAUCCCCAGUGUGCAGAGAAGCAGUGGACGUGCUCACUUUGUGUAGAAAUUUCUAGAAAAGCAAACUUCGAUAAACACCUCCUUUGGAUGUUUAUUCCUGCUUUUGGCAGCGGAUGAAAAACAGCUAUUUAAAAAGUUCAAAAAAAAAAAAGAAACGUCCUCCACCCUAAGGUUUGAUGUCAUGUUGUAAGUGUAAUAUUCCUGUAGAGAUUUCGUUUUCAUUUUCCCUUGAAGUUCCGGGAUUUGCGGUUUAGAGUUCUGUGUCCAGCUUUCUCCAUUGUCUUUAGGGACUCUGACUUCUUUGUCUCUUACUAACCCGCGAGCCUGUGGAAUGAUAGAAGUCCCUUCUGGAAAAUUUAAAGUAUUUUUUAAGCAUAAAUAAGGGAGAGAUGCACAUCCUCAGGUACACACAGAGCUGAGAGAGCCAAAAGUUUCUCUGCCGUGGCAGCCCAGGGGCGUCACCCAGAUCUUUCCAUGAAAAGGCGGACUGUGGUCAGGUCCCUGCUCAGGGCCACCCCCAUCCUUCUGGACUAAAACCAAACAGGACGGUUUUCCAACAUGGCCUUCGGUUGUCACCAUCUCUCCAUUUGCCUAAGAAAGAACUCUGUGGGACUGCAGGGACUCUGGCCUCCCUCUGAUGGCUCUGAUGGAAAGAAAAGGUCAUGGAAACCAUGCUCCAAGGCCAUUGCCUGCUGCUCAGCUGUGUGGGUGCCCACAGGCAGGGACACCCCAAGGGUCAACCCCUGCCCAGCAGCGAGGACAUGAUGUCCUAGGAGCCUGGGCUUUGUCCCUCUUCCUCUCAGCUGCUGCUGUAAAGAUGCAAGCUCGUUUGUGUUUAUUUUUGUUUUGUAAUGAAAACCCCUGGUUCCGUCUCCAUUUGGGCUGGGCGUGUGCAGACCAGGUCUCCUCUGUAUCCGAUAAAGCUCCCAAGAUGUUCUUUCUGCUCAAACCAGGCACAGCCAAGCGACCCUCACCUCCCUGAUCGAUGUUGAGAUCUUGCAGAACUGGCCUUCACGUGUUCCCACAAGAGUGUGAGCACCCACCGUGUCAGCACUGGCCGGGCUGGGUUGUCAAGCGGCCUCAGAAGAUGCUACACAAGCUCACCUGUUAGAGACCCCAUCCCCCUCGCCGCCUCCUCCGUCUGCAGUCAGGCAGGGCCUGCCUGGGCCAGAUUCAGCCUCCUAAAGGAAACACCCAGUUCCCCCGAGUAAGGGCCGUGGCAUCUGCAGGGCAAGUCUCUCCAGCCAUCAGAAGCCCCUGGGCAGGUGAGACCAGCCAGCACCAUCAGGGGAAAAGACCCAGCUCAGAUAGGAGGCCAUUUCGACAGAAAUUCCAGGGGCCCCAGCAAGGAGGGACAAGCCAUGACUUUCAGCAGAGCCCUCCGGAAAGGACAGGCAGCGGGGACAGAAGGAGGGAGAAAGUGCGUGUUGUCAGGGAGGGGACCCCACUGGUGCCUCUGCUGGGAUGAGGCACUGGAUUGCUCCGGAGGCUGCCCACUUCUGCUUUUGAAGCGAUUCUGGAGCAGCAGAAAGGAAGAAAGGCCAGUGGCAUUAUUGUGAGGAAGAAGCCCAGGCAGGUGGACCCCGCUCUUCAAGCUCUACAGGAGCAAGGUCUCGGCCAGUGGGGACCACACGCCUGGAAGGACCCGGGGCAGCAUCACCAGGCAGGAGAGCUGAACGCAGACCGGCCUCCAUGGGCUGUUGAGCAGAAGGUGCGAUCAGGCCAAGCUUCCACCCCAUGCCUGGCCCAGGGGCAGACCUCCCCCAAAGUGGGCUCACAGGGCUGGUCCUGGGCCACCCACAGCCUGCUGGCAACCAGAUCCCCACUGUCUUGGCAGCACUGGGUACAGCUGCAUCUUCAGGAGCACCCCAAAAAGCGAAUGGUGGGGGCACCUCCAGAGAGGCCCUUCUAGACAGCAGGCACUGGGUCUCCAGGGCAGAGAGAGGUAGAACCAGGAAUUCUUGGUGAGCCCAGGGCAGGUGGGGGCCAUGGCCCCGUGACAUGUGGGUACCAGACUUGGAUCAUCCAUCCCUCCAUCUCCAAGUCCUGCCCCUCCAGAGACCCUCCCUAAGUCCACAUUAAGCCCAUUGGGUUUGCCAGGUCAGGGGCAGAGCUGGUCACAUCUACCCCCAAACAUCAGCUUUGAAAGUGGCUGGGGUAAAACACAUGUGUUUCUGGUUUGCCAGCAGGGGCGCCUCGAAGUCAGAAAGGCACGUGCCCCCCACCCAGGAGCAGGUAUUGAUAGUCCUGCCGGCACCAGCAGACCCUCUGUGCUCCCCUUACCCCUCGAGGCCUGGCCUGCUUGCUGCUCUCUGCAGAAGGCAGCUCCCCCCACCCCCCAACACCUGCCUUGCGACCCGGGGGUGAGUGACGGAACGCACCUCUACAGACAUACACUAGAUUUCCCUAAGGUCUCAAGAUGCACUGGUCCAAAAGGCGCGAGGCGGGGUGAGGACCAACACUCACCUUCUUUUCUAGAUGCAAUAAAUAAGAAAUAUUUAAUGUAGUCACGAUGACAGGGGGGCAGAAACUGUAAGGGUUCCUUAUGUUCCUCCAAGUUGAAAAUAUGUAAAUAAUUCUUGUCCCGGGGUGGAGCAGGAUUGAGAAACCUCAUGCUUUCCGGGCCCCGGGACCGUUCCAGGGAAGUACCUGCUCUCGCCAGUGUGAUUCAUGCUUCGCAGGUACUCAACACAAGGGUGGAAAUGAAAACUGGAACUUCCUUGUAAAUUUGAAUUUGGCAAUAAAAAAAAAAAGAGUU